AUGGCGAAAACCAUCGGUGACCAACACUCCUCACCAGAAAAUCCCAAGCGGGCAGCAUUAUGGGACUGCGGCAGCUCGCUCUACGACUCGUUCGAGCUGAAAUCGCUCGAGAAGCAGCUCGACGCCGCCAUAGCUUCCAGAACUAUGUCGAUGCCUCACUUGUCCGACCGCCGCCUCCUUCCUCCGCCCCCGCCGGCGAAUCUGACGAACAGAAAAACUCCGUCCAAGAUAUCACGAUCCUUGCACAGGCUCAUCAGAUCGGUCUUUGGACAGAGAAGCAAUAGGGACGAUUGCCGGCAGAAUCGCGCCGGAGAAGGAUUUUACACUGACUACGGCCGAUCAGGUGCGCUUUCGACCAUACAUGAAGGUCCGGAGUUCGACGGCCUGUCGCCAGAGAUUAGGUCUCUGGUGAGAAGGACGGCGUCGGAUAGGUUUGGCAACUUCGGUUCUAUCGGGGUCUAUUGA